CCUCGGUUAAUGUUACACCCACUCUGAUAUGGACACAGUGAUUGCAGCGCUACACGAUUGCAACCUAAGUGCCUCACAAUUCAUUAUAUCAAUUCUGCGAAGCCAACAAUAUAACGGACAUCAUGUUGUCAAAGACCUUCUUGUCCGUUGUGAUGAAAUCUUUGAUGCUUUCAUUGACCAUCCUUCUUGUGGAGCUGAAACUUUGCAACGCACGAACCAAGCCAUGAGAAAACAAUACAUCGAAGAAAUUAAAUCAAUCUCAUCAGAAGAAGCAGGCUGGCACUUUGGACUGUCAUAUGCAACCACACAACAGGACUGACUGCAAUGGCGCAGUACUUCA